AUGGGGUGAGGAACAAGAAGAGGUGGUGGCAAAAAUGAAGGAGGAAUUCCGAGAAGGAGGAUUGGUGUUAGGAGCGCCAGAUUAUGACGCCACAGAGACGCGACCCUUCAUUGUCGAAACGGAUGCGGGACCGACUGCCUUAGGGGGAGUUCUAAUUCAGGCAGACAUGGAAGGAAAGGAAAGACCCUUGCGAUUUGAGAGUCGGACUCUUUGUACGACGGAGAGGAACUACUCUCAGUUCAAGAGGGAGACCCUUGUUGUCCUCCACUGUCUGCGAAUCUUCCGGAACUAUAUCUUUGGCAGAAGGUUUAUUUUGAGAGUGGAUCCGACCGCCCUGGCCUACUCUCUAAGGAAUUACGUUCCAUCGGAUCCGACGGUUGCCAGAUGGCUAACGUACAUCUGGAUGUUCAAUUUCGAAUUGAAACGGAUUCCUGGAAGUAAGAACCGGGCGGACGGGCUGAGUUGGAUCAACUGGGAUAAACAGGAAGGGGAGGCGGUGGAGAAUACACCCCCAGUUGAUGGAUUUCUGGAUCAGGAAGAAGAUGUUCGUCUUCAUAUCAACAAGUGGUCGCCACGAGUGCCCAACUGUGUAGGCUAUCCUAUCUGGAAAGCGCCGAAGGGGUAUGAAAGGAGGAAUGAGCUAGUCCUUAAGCCCUUUGAGGAAGAAGAUCCCUGGGGCGUACACACACGGGAGGAGCCGCCAGUGUCUGAAGGGCCGUUGAGGGAGUUGGAGACGCAUCUGGAUAUCUCUCAGUGGAGAGCGUCGCCUCAGGGUGAGGAGCAUGAAGAGCAAGUAGAAGGGGUGCCACGAGAGGAGGUACCACAAGAGGAGGUGUCACGAGAGGAAGUGCCACGAGAGGAGGUACCACGAGAGGAGGUGCCACGAGAGGAGGCGCAGGGUACUCAGCGAGAGAGCAGGCUGGGCGACAGGGGGAGACGUGCAGGGAAGGAAGUGAUAGAGGUUGGAGAGGACACGCCCCCACAGACGCCAGCGGUGGGUUUGAGACUCGGGGAUGCACCAGGGAGCACUCGUAAGGCAGAGGGGAGAUUGCGGAGAGAGGAGGCCCCACUUCCUUCAUCAGAGAGGGCUCCAUCGCCAGAGGGGAGAGCCGGCAGGAGGAGAGAAAGGGAAGCUGUAAGGAGGGAGGCCUUGACCCUGAUUGAUAGGCACCUAGCAGCUUAUGCCCUGGAGCAUCCAGACCUGGAGGAGCCAACACCUGCAGAGCCGCGCCAGGAGCCGUACCAACCCGAGAAGGAGAUGGAAGCAGAGAUCCCGAAGAGGGUCGACCUCCACACGAGGGAAAGGGCGCCAGCUGGAGAGACGGCUAAAGAAAAGAGGGCGAGAAGAACCAGACGGAUAGAUGAGAUAUGGCAGGAGAGGCAGAGGUUGGAGGCAGCGGGGGAGCUUCCGGAGCAGCAGCAGGAGAGGCAGAGAUCGGAGGCAGCAGGAGCACUCCCAGGGCCUCGCCAAGAGCCACCUAUGGGGAGAGUUAUCCUGGAGCCAGAGGAGGCGAGAGCCCAGAGACAGGCAGAGAAAGAGGCAUUCGAGUUUAGAGCCCCUACUGAGCUCGCGACGCUGCCAGUGGCAGCGGCAGACCCAGUCGUACCUUUGGCGAUUGAGGAGGGGCUACCGCCAUCUAGCAGUGAGCCGGCUCAGGGGUCAGCAGAGGGAUCCAUAGGCGUACUCCUUGAGGCAGUGAAUACCAUGCAGGAAGAGGCGAGUUUGUUUUCACCCGAGCAGAGGAUAGAGGAGCCGCUUGAGAGAGAGAUGGAGAUUAAGGCGGAGGGUGCCAUCGACAGCAGGCUCCAGAGGAUGGGCACACCUGAGUAUGGACCAGAGUAGAUUGAGGAGCAGCCCACGACAGUGCUAGGAGAGACACUCGAGAGGAGACCUCAGAGGUUGGACACGGCUGAGUACGUUCUA